AACGUUUCAAGCUGCAUCAAAGUCCUUCAACAUUUUUCACCCUCACAAUUCUUAUACCAUGAGUUUUCAUAACACAGGACUUGGACUUGGUCUUGGCCUUGGUCUUGUUGGCUUCCAUGAUCAUCAAUCAGAGAAUUCCAUAGAAAGCCACAAGAAAAAGGUGGAAAAUCCAUCAAAAUGUAACAAAGAAUAUCCAUCACUUACAUUAGGACCACCAGAUGAUGAUGAAGUGAAUAAUCAACCAAGUUCAAAGACCGAGUCCUAUGAAUAUUUUCGACCACAAGUUUCUUCCCCCAGCGCAGUGUCUUCAUUUUCCAACUCUUCUAGUAUCAAGAGGGAGCGAGAUCAGGCCUUGGGAGAAGAAUUUGAGGUUGAAGUUGAGAAAGUUCCAACAAGGGUUGCUGAUGUUGAUGAAGAUGGUAACCCCAGAAAGAAACUUAGGCUCACCAAAGAACAAUCUGCAAUCUUGGAAGAAAACUUCAGAGAGCAUUCUACUCUUAAUCCGAAGCAAAAGCAAGAAUUGGCAGUGAAGCUGAAUCUACGGACAAGACAAGUAGAGGUGUGGUUUCAGAAUAGAAGAGCCAGGACAAAGCUAAAGCAAACGGAGUCAGAUUGUGAACUACUAAAGAAGUGUUGUGAUACUCUAACAGAUGAGAAUAAGAGGCUGCAAAAGGAAGUGCAAGAGCUAAAGUCAAUGCAAACAAGGGCAGUGCCCCUUUAUAUGCAGAUUCCCGCAGCCACACUUUCCAUUUGCCCUUCUUGUGAGAGAAUGUGUAGUGGUAACAACGACAAUAAUGAUAAUGAUUCUUCACACACAACAACAUUAUUUAUCGGCUCAAAUAACCAUCAUAAUCACUUUUACAAAAGUAGCUAUCCAUUUUCCCACUCAUCAUCGGCAGCAUGCUAGAUUUUUGUAUUGAUUCAUGAGAAUCGAAUUCAGUAUGAAAGAAGUUUACAGUAACUUAUACACGAUGUACUCAGAAACAAUGCAAAAUGCUAGAUUGCUAGCUAGGGAGGCUAUUAUUAAGUUCAAUUUCGGGGAAACCUUUGCCAUUGUUGCGAGGGUUGUAGUAAUUAAUUAUAUAGUUUGUUAGCAUGUAAAUAAUGAUAUAUAGAUGAUUAAUUAGUGAUCA